AUGGUCCAUGACUUUGUUGUGGCUAAACCGCAGUAUGGACAACUGUCACUUCCACCCAUGAUGAGUGAUGUACGUAAAUUUGCAGUGAUCCUUGUCAAGCGGUAUCAAAUGCGUCCAAAGACAAUGGGCAAAGCAAGAUCAAAGUAUAUCGAGGCUUAUACAACACGAACAACGUGCGUGCCUGAAUCGUGGCGGACAAUACCAAAUGAGAUCAUGCGUGAAAAACUGUUCGAGAUUGGCGAGAUUGCUGACCGAUUUACUGGCUCAGUUGUCAAACUCCAUGUUGCUAGAAAACCCAGAAUGUCGCCAGACAGCAAAAUGAAACGGUCGCACAAAACCGGUAUGAAAAAAGACCCACAUCACAAACAUACUGUUGUUAAACAAGGUCAUGUUGUGGGUGAAUCUAGCCAACCGAUUGGAAAUGAAAACGUUGGUCAUAAAAUGCUGCUUGCUAUGGGAUGGAAUCCAGGACAGUCGCUGGGCACAGGAAACAAAGGCAUCGUUGAUCCUGUCAAGGUUGUUAUACGAACUGAGCGUAGUGGUCUUGGUGCAGAAUGA